UAGGGUUCCGUACAACAUCUUUCCCCAAGCUCCCCCUCCACGCCCUUCGAACAUCCAGAAACAUCCUGUCCCAAUUCCUCUUCCAUCGCAAACUCGAUGGUAACCUCUACACUAUCUGACAUCCUCCAAACACCGCAUCCUCCACCAUACUAUCCUUCUCUCAUCCACUUCUAGCUACUUGGCUAUCAUUCAAGCAAAAUCUAUGUCGUCAUGGACCGACGGUAGCAGGAUGUUUUACGUCCGACGAAAAGUGACUGAUACCUAAAACGAUGAAGCUUCUUAAAGAUCGGGCUUAAGAGAGUCAUCAAAGAGACGGACGAAGAUUCUGCUGAAAUUUUAGACAAAUCCUAACCGAGAUGAUGCUGAGAGUCAAAUGCUCCUCAAAAUUAUUCUUGAUUCCAUUGAUGGUGUCUUAUGCAUUAUUUUAACAGCUGCUUGGAAAAUGUAAUUGGAAUGCUGCAAUUUGGGACCAGACAUGGACGCUCGGAACCUUGUCAAGAUGAAGAGGCAACUUGCCAGGGAGGAGCAGAAAAAGGAGGCCCCCGCACAGCAGAGGGCGGUCGAUGAGAUCUUCCCCAAGGCGGGAGGGGCCGAAGAGGCCAAGGAGGUGGGGCCCGUCCCGGAGGCCGCCGUCGGGGGCUCCCCCGGUCUGGAGCCGAAGAGGAAAAGGCUUGGGAAGGACCCGACACAACCGGAGGGGAAGAAGAAGAAGAAGGGGGCCCCGGAGUCGAAGGAAGCCCCCGUUGUGGUCGUAGACGAAUCUUCUCCUCCCAAGCCUUCGGGUCAAGCCACUGAUCUGACAUGGCCCCUGGACAAAGUCCAAUUCUCCAUCACGAAGGGGACUGCUAUCAUGCACGGGACCCUGAACCCGAAGGAGUUUUUGAGGGGUGCCACCCCUCCGACCGAUAAGUCUGUGCUCUCCCGUCAGGCCGACGAUGUCCUCUGCUCUAAGGUUCUGAUGGCCUCGGUUACGGCGAGCCUUGGCCUUGGCGAGCUGGUCCAGAGGAUAGAACAGCAUGACUCGGAGAAGAAGAAAGCCACUGAAGCACUGGCUGAGGCCCGAAGGCAGCUCAAGGAGGCCGAGGACGCUCGCAAAGCUGAGCAAGAGGCUUUCAAAGAAAUCCUCGAGGGCUCCAAGACGGUGGCCAGAGCCGAAGGCAAAGCAGAGGCGGAGAAGGCUGCGGCCGAUGCUGCCAAGAAGGCCGCGGAGGAUGCCGAGGAGGCCCGGAUCAAAGCUGUCGCCGAAGCCCGGGAGGACGCUGUCGCCGCUUUUGCUGAGGAGGGAUGGAAAGCCGAAGGCCGGCAGGAAUGGGUGGCCUCGGUGGUGGAAGCUUCGGUGAACGAAUGGGUGAAAGGCCCAGGCGCAAUGUGGUUGGCCCGAAAGGGGAAAGAGUAUUAUGACGGGGGUGAGUACUUUACUCAGGCCCUUGUAUAUCGAAGGCUAUCCCGACAUUUUGGGGUGGACCCGAAGGCCUUUGAUCCGGCAUCCUAUGGUCUCCCUCCCCUUCAGCCAGACCCCAGGGUUCCCCUCCCUGAAGGCGUUGCGAGGCCUGAUUUGGAAGACUCCCUGCUGAUGGCCGAGGGCAGUGACGAAGAGGAGGAAAUUGGGGAUGACGUUGCGUCAAAACCUGCAGUAGAGGACGCCUCCGGGAAUGCCGUUGUUGAUUCGUAACCUGUACUUAGUAAAUUUUUUAAACUUCUGUUGUAAUGAACACCAUUGAUCCUUCGGCUUCGGCCCGUCUGUAACAGUUACAUUUACUCCUUUUUUGUGAUGAUUUAUGGGUGAGUGCUAGCCUUCGGGCAUUGUAUGUAUACAUGACUUGUUCGCUUUAAUUCAUUCUUCCUUGAAU